AUGGAGGAGUGGAUCAAGGCCUCCCUCACGGACAAGUACAUCGACAAGGUGGACGCGUCUAGCGUGCAGUCCGGCGUCUUCUGCGAAGCGUUCACCUCCCCAUGGUACGAUGGCGGAGUGGUCUUCGACUGGACCGCGCUGCAUCAGAGACUGACACAACCGACCGUGGCCCUGUCAGACAUGACCAAGGCCGUCGCUACACUUCGGCGCUUCGGUGCAGAGGCGCUGAUGGCCGCGUCUGGCGAGGGCGACAAGAAGUGCUUCUCGACCGUCGUGGAGUUGAGGGAGCCGUGGACUCUCCACCCGCUUUCCGAGCAGGCGCAGCGCCUCAGCGUUUUCGACGUCCUCUCAGUUACCGCGUCCUCCACGCCAACAGCGGCUGCUGCCAGCAACUCUCCCGCCAUUUCCUCAAGCGACUCUCGACAGCUGUACACCUUUCUGCGUGGCCCGCCGGGGCAGCGCACGGUGCGGGACGACAUGGCGCGUGUGCUCUCGAGUGCCGCGGAGCAGUUCCGGGGGAGUGGCGUGCGCGUUGUGUCUUUCCUGAGCUCUUUUGUCUUGUUUGGAAGCGACUUCACGGACAUGCUUCACAGCACGGCCGCGGUCUUUCGCGCCCUGACCGAGGCAGGCUUCUCCAUCGACAGCCACGGCUCCUGCCUCGGACCUCGCGUUGUGACGCCGCUGCGCGUGGAUGCUGACGAUUGGUGGACCACCUCACCGCUGCAGCAGAUUGAAUCCGAGGAGGACGUGGCUGCUCUUCUCGUCUCUCUCUUCUAUCAGUGGCUGCAGGACGCGUACGUAUGGGGCUGCACGGCGCCCAUCCGACUCUUCCUCGAUGCCAAAGAAACCCAUGCAACGCAGUCAAGACGCCUAUUGGAGCGAUUUGUGCGCGGGCUUGUGCUACCUCGAGCCCGUACGAUUGGACUGGACGCACUGUACGCGUCUCUCCCUGAGGAGGGUGGCAGCCUACUAGAGUUAGCUGCUGCCGGAUUAGAGAAGAAGCAGGCUCCGACGGGACUGCAGCGGUGGAGUGUGGUGGAACUGCGGGUUGUUCUCGCCCAGCUCGGUGCCUAUGAGCACAUCCCCUCCGAGUACCUUGGACAACCACUGAACAACACCAGGCGUUAG